GGUUGUUACUGUUGCAGCAUUGGAGUUGUGUUUCCAGGUGAGUUAGCAACAACAGUGUCGUGAACGGCAAUACCCGGCAAAUCGACCUGGCUUCGUGACGACACAGUAUUGUAUGAAUGGACGUAGUCGACCGUGGAACAUGUUAUAAUUAUUGUCGAUACAAAGUCACUGGUGUCAAGAAGGGUUGACAUAAGGAUUACAUGCUACUGAUUCACUGCACUUCACCCUGAAGGGAUUUGACACUAGGUCGAUCCAUGCUACCCGGCAAAGAAACCCAGGGUGGCACUGGUCUCUCAUCUGUCAACACUGGCAUUACGGGUGCAAGGAGAUUGUUUACUGACGUUGUUAUCAUGGGUGAACAGGAUUGCAUACAGACACUUGUAUAAGGGCCAGACCUGGUGAUAUAUCUGUAUGUCAUUGUGGCCAUACGUUGUAGUUACAAUAGUCAACGACUGAUUCGCUGACAUUGUUGUUGAACUGUUGAACCUUACACAGACUGAUACGAGUUUAAGGAUUUGCGAAGACGUGUUUUGUGUUGAACGUUAACCAUUGUACCAGAUAUCGGUACUUAGUGUGUUCUGAAACAUCGUCAACAUAUUCCAGACCUAACCUCUUACGUGUCAGAGGAAAUAAAUGUGAAGAUGUUUAAUACUGAUAUAGAUAUAAUUAGUUUAUUGGUGAAGCAUUUGUAACGACUUUUAACAGAAACCGGUAUUCAUUUUGUUCUGAAACAUCGUAUACAUAUUGAACUGAUUGGAUUUCAAGGAUGUGUGUGUCUCAUAUCAGAGGAUACGUUUUUACCGACCACCACCCGAAGGGAGUGAACAAAAAACGUUAACGUCUUUAAGAGGCAUUUAGAAGAUGGAGUAAGGAUAAGAUAUAUGGAUGAGCAACGUCUUUCUUACAAAUUAUUACAAAACCGUUAUCAAGCAAGUGAAAGCAAUCAUCAGUGCAGCCGGUGCAGGAGUUCCAAAUAUUUCAAAAUCAGAAGACGUUAGAACUGUUUGUCUAGACGCGCGUCCAUAGAGUACCCGGAUGUUGUGUACAUAACGUAGAUAUACCCACCGAGGUGGCACGUGCUGGAUGGUACUACUAGGUACAUUGUCAAUACAGUUCUGUAACGCUGUGCUUCUGGUGCCGACUGUAGCUGUAUCACACAUCACCAGCAACGACUGUCUGGUAACAGCUCCCGGUGCGUUGGGCACUCUACCUCAGUGGUGUACUGAUUACAGCGUUGAGCGAGGAGACUGGGUACAGCAAACACAAGCGGAACUAUCACAGUAAGGGCGGCUGUCAAGUCGCAUCUCCACCGUUGACGUCGCAGUGAGAGGAGGUUGGUGGAGUCAGCAGUGUUACUGACAUGUGAGUCGACAGCCAAGUGGAUAACGCUGCAGUUUGCACAGCGACAGGGAGACGACAUAACGGAGGUGUUUAAUUACUCGACGCAGAGCGAGGUGGUGAGCAGGUGCCUUUGCUCCAGGUGUUGCGGAACUACCACAACGCCAUUUAUCGCUUGUGUUUGCACUAACACAUGGGGAUACAUACCUUUCAAUGACUAUGGUUAAAUGACUGUGCCUUAGGAACUGGAAUUACAGACGUGGCUGGCAAAGGUUGAUUAAUGAGUCCCAGAUUUCCAUUUGUGAGGAACGUAUAUGAAGGUUCCUUGUAAUACUGUGGAUGUACCUCUCCGAUACACGAAUUCAGGUGACUAUUUAUUCGAUACACAGCUCGAUAUAUAUAUCUGGUAACUGACAACCUCGUCGUAUUUCAUAACCAAAGUGGACAAAGAGCUCGACGGGAAAGUAAUAAACUACCUUGUCCUUAUAUUGGUGUACUCACAGUGUCUAUCUCUGUGUGAAGUGAGUGUGGAUCAUGUGUGGAUUAUACCGAGGACAGAUACUGGUUCCCCAAUCCAAGUUUCACACAUAACCAUGGAGAUGGUGUUAGACUCUCCAAACCCCGGUCCUCACGACCUCAUGACCCUUGACCAGACCACAUCGGAGAUCCCGAUUCUGUUGGACGGUACAGUUAGAUGGGUCACAGGCCUGACGAAGCGGACGACCUGCGAUGACGUCAUAUACGCCUUACUGUACCAAGACGGCAACCACGAGGGCGAGACAACAGAGAACUACGCCAUCUUUGAAAGAUGGCGGGACGUGCAGCGGCCAUUACAGGCCAGAACGAAAAUAAUGAAGAUCUGGAAGGCCUGGGGUGUAGAACAGAAUAACGUCGAGUUGUCGCUGCGAAGGCUGCAGGACGAAAGCUACAUGUCUGGCGAGUCGUACAGGACUAGUCGGAGACACAAGCGUAGCAGGCAUAAGACUCGUCAUGGCAACGACUGUGGAUGUCGUCCUGGAGCCCACAGGAACUGUUAUAGUACAGGGAAGUUGCGCUCUCUUGAGAGCCUUGUGAAACUAGUCAUUGCGCAGGAGCGGAAGUUGCACGACCUGGGUGAAAGAAUUGAUAAAACCGAUAACAAAAUUGACAAUCUUGAAACUCGUCGCCAUUUUAGCCGUGUGAAACAAAGUGGCGACGAUUAUGUUCAAAGUGCUUACCUCGACAGUCUCAGUGAAGAUAGUAUGGAUGAGCUGUUUGGUAAUGUGAAAUCGGAGGAUAUUGAAGCGUAUUUGGAAUAUUGUGAGAGGAUUAUCAAAUUGGAAGAUAAAUUAACAGGUGAGAACAGUAAAUUGAGAGAUGUCUCCAGAAAGUUACAAGAAUCUCUUGCCAAGAGUGACUGUGUAGGUAACGGCGUGUCUAGUCUGACUGACCUUGACCUCUCUUUGCCUCUGAACCAGCAGCUGGAACAGGUUCAGGUUGAAAUGAACCGCCUGGUGAGCGCGGGGAUGAUGCAGAAGUACCAGGAGGACUCGGUCAAGCGAGAGUUGCAUCAGUGUGACAAGCAGAUCGAGGUCAAGAGACAGCUCAUCAGGUCACUCAAAUAUGACCUGGAUAGUCUUCAGGUCCGAUUGGACAGUGCCAAUGUGGACCAGAGACAGGACGAAUCCACUGAGGAUGAUGCCGAUGAUAGAGUGUCUAUUAUACAAGUGCAUGACUCGCCUCCCAAGUCUAGGAACAAGUCAGUGACGUUUGAUGAUAGGUUCAAUCACAUGCAUGUCAUAGGGACGUCUCACGAGAGUCUGAUGGAGAGACUCGGUAGCUGUGACAAGAAUGGGGAUAAUCCCCAUCAGACUCCCCCCUACGUCAACGACAGCUGCUACAGGAGGCGGCCCCAUCACACAGCUACUCAACAGAAAGUCACGUCCAUUUUGAAAAACAAAGAACAAUAUAGUUAUAAAGCACAUUCCAAUUCCCCUGUUAAUACUCGAGUUGGUCCUGAUACGGUGCCAGUCAAUCAGUCCGACACAUCCCCUGGGUCUGAACUUGACCGGCUGACCAAUGCCCAUGACAGUGGCCGGUAUCAUUUGCCGAGUGGCAUGUACACGUUUGCCAAUGAUGGACAUUACUCUCUGCUCGACUCUUCUAACAAGCAGUACAAAGACGAAGACUCCAACUCCGACACAGGCCUCAGUUCCAUGCACAGUGACGAGUCUCCUGGUCUAGAGACCCUGGUCUAGACAUUGUCUAUUCCUGGUUCGGACCUAGCCUAUUCGUGGUGUGGACAAAAUCUAUUCCUGGUGUAGACGGAAUCUAUUCCUGGUGUAGACGUAAUCUACUCCCCGUGUAGGAACAAUCUAUUCCUGGCAUAGACACAGUCUAUUCAUAGUGUUCUCACAGUCUAUUCCUGGUGUAGACACAUCCUAUUCUUGGCAUAGACAUCGCCUAUUCCUGGUGUAGAAAUGAUCUAUUGCUGGUGUAGGUGCAGCCUAUUCCUGGUAUAGACAUGGCCUAUUCCGGGUGUAGAAAUGAUCUAUUGCUGGUGUAGACGCAUCCUAUUCUUGGCAUAGACAUGGCCUAUUCCGGGUGUAGAAAUGAUCUAUUGCUGGUGUAGACGCUGUUUAUUCAUGGUAUAACACAAAACACAACCUAUUCCUGGUGUAGUCUGUUUCGAUGUAUCCCAGUAACUAUAACUGUGACCGUUGUUUUCUUAAGCAACUUUUGUUUAACUUAAUACAUGCUGACCGUGUUCUUUUCUGGCAUUUUGACGAUAAGAACGUACACACGUCCAAUUUCCCCGUAGCCCCUGGUGACCGCGUAUAGGACGAGCGCAAUACUGCCUUCACCGACUCAUACCCAGACAUUAUAGGGCACACAUUAAUGCAAGAUAUACCUUUGGUCAACCAACCCAAAACAGCUGAUGAACAUAAAAUAUAUAGAUUUCAAGAUAAUAAAUUUCCCUAUUUAUUUCUUAAAAUAAUGUUAGUAAGUUAAAGCACAACAUCGUUUACUAGAAAUUGGUGUUGUUAAAAAGGCUAGAAUACUCAGUUCAGAGAGUCCACUUCAUUAUAACUUCAAUGACUUGCUAUCAUAAAGCACAUUUUACAGCUAAUUACCUUAUUGAUAUUGUAUAAACCGUUUCACCUGACCAAUUCAUGGGGCAUUCUUCCAACAAUAUUUAAUUAGCAUUUUCAUGUCAGAAAUGGCAAACAGCAAAACCUGAUCCUCUCCGAAUCUUGGGUCUAUCAGACAUAUCGAGCUACAGAAGUUCGAGACACACGGGGGGGCGAGUGGUUAAAGCGUUCGCUCGUCACGCCGAAGACCCGGGUUCGAUUCCCGACAUGGGUACAAUGUGUGAAGCCCAUUUCUGGUGUCCCCCGCCGUGAUAUUGCUGGAAUAUUGCUAAAAGCGGCGUAAAACCAUACUCACUCACUCACUCGAGACACACGGGACACCGAAAACAGAGUUUUAAGUUACAUCUCUUCGGACCAUGCAGUUCCAUCGUCUUAAGCGAUAUGUCGAGUUACUGAAGUUCGGGUUAUGUGGUUUAGCUGUAUAUUAUAACUAUUUAUGUAACAUCGGUUGCUGUUCAGUGGAUGUCAAGAACCUAACAUCAGGUCAUCAUGUACUCCGAAUUGUAGAAUACAAAGUGUUUAUUUCCGAUUCUGGCUUUUAGACGAAUAUGUACACGUAGUUUGAAAGGAAUUUACAAGUCGAAGUCAGAUUCUACUGCAUGUCCCCGCCUACCAGAGACCAGUUGGUGUAAAUGUCAUAAUUGGAAAUGUCAUUGUAUAAUGUCAUUGUGUGAUGUCACACGACUCCUGUUGGUGUCCACAGAAGCCAGAUAUUGCAAUAUUGUUUGUUGUCCACUCUCAUCAUCGUUCAUAAAUAUUCAAUACUCUU